GCGAAGAAUGCCUUAGCCCAUGCUGUACAGUCAGCUCGUCAUGACACAGAUCUGCUCAGAGAGCAGUAUGAGGAGGAGCAGGAGGCCAAAGCAGAGCUACAGCGAGGCAUGUCCAAAGCUAAUUCUGAGGUGGCUCAGUGGAGAACAAAGUAUGAAACUGAUGCCAUCCAGAGAACGGAAGAACUGGAGGAAGCCAAGAAGAAACUGGCUCAACGGUUGCAGGAGGCUGAAGAAGCUGUUGAAGCAGUAAAUGCGAAAUGUUCAUCUCUUGAAAAGACCAAACACAGACUCCAAAAUGAGAUUGAAGAUCUUAUGGUGGACCUGGAGAGGUCUAAUGCAGCUGCAGCAGCCUUGGACAAGAAACAAAGAAACUUUGAUAAAGUCCUGGCUGAGUGGAAGCAGAAGUACGAAGAGUCACAGGUUGAGCUAGAGUGCUCUCAAAAGGAAGCCAGAUGUCUGAGUACUGAACUUUUCAAGCUGAAGAAUUCCUAUGAAGAAUCUUUGGAUCACCUGGAGACCAUGAAGAGAGAAAAUAAAAAUCUCCAAGAGGAGAUUUCUGAUCUCACUGAGCAACUUGGUGAGGGAGGAAAGAGCAUUCAUGAACUGGAGAAAAUUAUAAAACAGCUGGAGCAAGAAAAAAGUGAGAUUCAGUCUGCUUUGGAAGAGGCAGAAGCCUCACUGGAGCACGAGGAGGGUAAAAUUCUGCGAGCUCAGCUAGAAUUUAACCAAACAAAGGCUGAUAUUGAGCGCAAACUAGCUGAGAAGGAUGAAGAGAUGGAGCAGAGCAAACGCAAUUU